AGAGACACGAAGGGGAGCAUUUGGGUAUGUAUACCUACUUGGAGGGACAGCGAUCAUGUGGCAGGCCAAGAAGUUAGCAGAUAUAGCCCUAUCAAGUGCAGAAGCCGAGUACAUGGCACUCUUCUAUGCGUGCCAAGCGGGGGUUUGGCUGAGGCGUUUGCUCAAGGAGCUCGACAUUGAGGUGUGGAGGAGGAACGGUGAUGCAGCGAUAUGCGGUGGGAGCACGGAAGAACCGUGGUUGAGGAAAGCGGGGAAGAUGAGAGGUGGAAAUGAGGAGGAAGGAAGAAGUUCACAACUGCUGGAAAUGUGACGUGAGGAAUCAGCAGCUACUAGAAGUGUUGUGCGGGGAAUUACAGGUUGGAAGAGGAGUGCAUUCGGUGCACGUUCAGUGGAACCGAACUUAGUGUCGGUUUCGGUGCCAAACCAACGCGGAGCGCGUUCAGUUUCGGUGGAGUGCGACUUGGGGUGACUCGAGGCGCACACGUUACAGCGAGACGCACGCAGUGUUACGAAGCACGAUGAAAUCCGAAAUGCAUA